AUGAUCAUCGGCUACGUCGAUUUCGGUUUUCAGACACUCAAAGUCAAUCUGAGUUCCCCGGAAAGUCGAAUCCAAAUAAAUGAUGUGUUCCAUCAGAUUUCCUCUUCCUCAAAAGCCAUCGGCGAGACGACGAAUACAAUCAUCGAACUAAAAAAAGGCAAAAAAGACAAUGUUCUCGGCAUUGGCCUCAAAUUUUUGAAAGCAAUCAAAGGGGCGGCCACGAUCUUCGGGGCCAUCUUCGAUCUUUUCGAUAUUUUCGGCACCGACUCUGUGGGCACAAUGCUGCAAAAACUCGAAGAAACAAUGGUCAAAGAGUUCGACAAGCUCAAGCAUUUUAUUGCUCGCAAAUUCGACGCGAUUGAAUACCGAGUCGACUUUCACAAUUACCGUGACAACGUCCAGUAUCCGAUCGACAACGGAAUGAGCAAACUGAGGAGACUUUUCGAACAUAGACAGCCAAAUAACAUGAAAGAGUUCAAGACCUGGUGCCAGAACGUUUCGCCGAUCGAUUUGGCUAAACGAUUGCUUGAUCAAAUCUCGGGACACACAUCGAUUCUCGACUCAUACAAGCGAUUGAUUGAUUUCGACGAGGACCGAUACCAGCAUUUCGAGAACUGGAUCCUCAACCAUGUGCAGUCCCUAAAAGUGCUCAUGGGGAACUGUGAGGGUGUGCAGCCAGUGUCAAAAAACGGGGAGAUUCUGUCGGAAUUCGAGACCGUCAUCCAAAGUCUUGACACCCAACUGCUUAAAGAGAACCGGGAGUUGGUGUGGCCGCGAGCGAUCAAGAAACGAGCUCGCGCCGGCAUCGACGCUGGCGGCACAAACGAGCAGAUGGCCACGACGAUCCACAAGGAUCUGAAAAGCAAAUACCAAGACAAUUUCCUGGUUGCCAUUUAUGACGUGACUAAAACUGAUGAUCAUGCGCUCAUCGGGCGACACGAAUCGUCUCACAAGCGAAUUUGGCUACAAAAACAAGAACUACGUGGUUUUUCAGGGUUUGAGCCUCCAAAUGUUGAGAUCGAUUGGGAAAAUCUCGAAGGUUUUUUUGAUCGAAGGAACAAGCUGUCGAACAAGAACAAAGAAGUCUGGGAAACCUACAUGAUCUACCUCGAAAAACUCCCCGGAGGUGUUAGGUAUGAGAAGAAAGACAUCGAAUUGGACACCAAGAUCUUUUAUGAUUUUUCGAUGUAUGCCCAGGAUGCGGCGAGAAAGGUCUACAAUCACCUCAAAUCCGUUCACUCAGCCGAAUUCUUCUCGGGCGAACCGCCCAUGAUCUUAGCUGUUAGCAAGUGGAAGAAUUUAAGG